UACUAUUAACUUUAACUGUGCAUAACCACCAAACCUAUCGCACUUCACCAAAAUUUUUUCUAAUUAAUACCAAUGUAGAAAUUUGUGGGAUAUUUAUUCAGGAAUCAAUAUUUGGAAUAUUACUUAACUCUUUUGCGAAAAUUCCUGUAACGUUCUCAAAAUGGAAAUAGAUUCUGAUGAGGAAAACAUUAUUGAAGAAGACUUUUAUUCAUUUCUGAAUAUUCCAAAAGAGGCCACAAAGGAAGAAAUCAACAAUGCUUACAGACGACUUAGUAGAAUGUAUCAUCCCGAUAAACACGUGGAUCCAACCCUUAAGGAAAAAGCAGAAAUUAUGUUCAACAAAACCAAAAGGGCUUAUGAAGUUCUAUCGGAUCCCCACCAAAGAGCUAUUUAUGAUUCUUUGGGAACUAAAGGACUUGAAACUGAAGGCUGGGAGAUAGUACAAAGAACAAAAACUCCUGCGGAAAUAAGGGCAGAGUAUGAAAAGUUAGCUGAGGAAAGGGCCGAAAGAAAAAAAAAGCAAGCAACAAACCCAUCAGGAAAUAUUACCAUAGCUGUUAAUGCUACAGAUCUUUUUAACCCAUAUGAUGAUUUGUUCGAGGAUGAAUAUGAAAAAGAUUUCAUAUCCAGCAUCCCGAACAUUGAAGUUUCAUCUAUGCAAUUUACUCAGGCCGUGGAUUUUCCCUUAACGCAGAAGGAUACCUGUACCUUAUCAGGUCAGCUACAGACUCAAAACGGUACGGGACAGGGUGGUGUGAAUCUGAGCUGGCGUCAUAUAUUCUCACAUAAAAGUUGGGCAGAAUUGGAAUUGACAGCAGGAAGUGGUCCUGCUAUAUCGUUCAAAGGAUUCAGGACAUUGACCAAAAGGUUCUUUUGGAAUGGUGGUACGAUUUUGCAAUUCACACCUGAUGGAAUAAGGCCGGGCAUAAUGUCAACACUGGCUAUGCAAAUCGACAAACAUUCGGUAGGUUAUGUAUCUUAUCAAGGAGGUAUUAGAUCCGUCUUUUCAACACAAAUUAUAAGAGACACAGAAUUCAAUAGGUUCAAUUUUUCGAUACAAGUAGGUGUUCCCCAUUCCUCUGUGCUUCUUCAGUACACAAGAAAGAUGAUGAAUCAAGAAUUGAAGUUGAAAGUUGCCGUGAAAGCUGGCACUUUUGGUGGGGUGAUCGAGUAUGGAGCAGAAAAGAAAAUUUCGAAACACAGUAAUUUAGCCUUUGCCGUAGUUUGUGGAAUACCAUCUGGAGUGAAACUGAAAAUAAGGUUAACAAGAGCUUCUCAAAUUUACUCUUUCCCGAUUCACUUGUGCGAAGAAAUCAUGCCAGCACCUAUCUUUUAUGCAACUGUAGUGCCUUUGGUAGUGUACGUUGUUGUAAAGAAGGGAUUCGUCGAACCUUUUUUGAGGGAGGAGAAAUCCAAGAAGGUGGAGAAGCAAAAGCAAAAUAAUUAUAAUAAGUUAUUGGAGAAAAGAAAGGAAGCUAUGGCAGCUCAGGAGUUAAUGAACGCCACUUACACUAGGAUCAGGGAUGAGGAAAGUAAUAAGAAAGGGUUGGUCAUCAUCAAGGCUAUUUAUGGUAAAAUAAUCCGAGAUUCUCAUCAGCAUGGUGACGAAGAAAUGACCAAUGAGGUGGUUGACGUUACCAUACCAGUGCAAUGUCUAGUCAAAGACAGCAAAUUAGUGAUACACGAUCACACUAAGAGUGAAUUACCCGGCUUUUUUGACCCAUCUUUAGGAGAUGAAAAAAUGUUGCACAUUAUUUAUAACUACCAUGACCAGCCCCAUGAAGUUACCAUUACAGAUAGUGAAGCUCUCAGAUUACCAAAAACUUCACAUCGGACGAAUAUAACAUAGUACCAUAAGAGUAGACCUAGUCGAAAUAGUGGAAUUGGAUGAAAAUGGUAGAAAUUGAAACAAAAUUGGUGCAAGUUUCGUCAUUUCUGUACCAUGUGUUCAAAUUGUUUUUAUUGAAGUGCAUUUGUUGUAAAAAAUAAUUUUUAUAAAACAAUAAAGUUGUUACUCUUUAA